AUGCCAAGAGCAGAAAGAUGUAAAAAAGAUUCAGCAAAAGCAUUAGCGAAAGCAGCGGAUAAGCCAGGUCAAUCUAAAAUAACAUCGCUGUUUGCAAAAGGAAACACAGGCCAUGAUUUUGAUUCUGCUUCAACAAGCGGAAUUGAAACUGUAAUAACUGUCAACACUGAAAAAGCCCCAGACUGUGAGUCACAAAAAUGGUCCAAACUGAAACGUCUGAUUGGUGAAACAGAAAAAAUAUGCAUGAAAACGACAUGGGUAAAACAUGAGAAAGACUUUACAAGUGAAGACAAGGAAAGUAGUGUGAAGCAUGGUCGAUAUUUCCAAGGUCAGUGGUUACGAAAUUAUGAGUGGCUAAUAAAGGGAGUGUUUGGCAGUUAUGAAGUUGGAAUUGAUAACUGGAAAAAAGGCUGUGAGAAAUUCAACGAACAUGAAAACAGUUACGCUCAUAAAGAAGCUUGUCUCACAUCAGACAAAGGGCAAUUGUCUAUUAGCAUAGCCUGCAGUUCGCUUGCUCUUGAAACGCAGCAGUUAAGACGGAAAGGGUUAAUUUCACAUCUUCAAACAUUAAAACACUCUUACGCCAAGUUCAAUCUUGAUAAAGCUAUCAAUGACAAGGCACUAAAACAUCGACAAGGUACACGACAUCCUGGACGAGCAGAAACAGAUGAUUCUGACGAAUCAUCAGACGUGUCUAAGAAAGAACAGUUUUCUUUCUCCGUAAGGACCUGUGAUGAUAGUUACGAAGUAUCGGAAGAUUUUGUUGGAAUUUAUGAAUGUUUGCAAGGACUUUUAUCUGAUGCAUUACUGCACUACACCAAAGAUAUCCUUCUCAGAUGUGGCAUGGAAGGUCACAAAAUGGCAGCUAUGAGCUUUUAUGGGGCUUCAGCAAUGAAAUCCCUCGCAAGAAAGCUCAAGGAAGAUAUUGCACCAAAUGCAAUUUAUGUUCAUUGUUUCAGUCACUGCAAUGAACUUAUUAUACAGGAUGCAGCUAAGCAAUCUAAUUUAUUGUCUACAUCACUGGAUUUAUGCCAAUCCCUGUAUGCAAUCGUAGGUGCCCAUUCAAAACAUAUUUUAUUGUUCGAAGAAAUACAGGCAAAUUUUAGAAACGAAACAGGAACAAACGAUUACAAAGUUCUACGACUCCAAAGUCUUUCAACAACGAGAUGGACAACAAGAGUAAAGGCUGCUUACGUCAUCUUCAAGAAAUUGGCUGAACUACAUGCAACCCUUAAAAAAUUGCAGGACGAUCCUAGCAUUUCGGCGGACAGAAAAGCAAAGAUUAGAGGAAUAUUAAGGCGACAACUGUCUUCCUUAAUCGUCAUCUUUAAUUUAAACGUGACAAGAAAGCUAUUGGCUUUAUUUGAUAAGCUUUCUAAAGAGCUCCAAGCGGUUGAUAUUUCAGCUGAGUACGCUCUAUUUUCAAUAAGACAUGUCCUGCAACGUCUUCAUGAGAUGAGAAGCGAAGAAGAGUUUGAGCGUACACUUGAUGACGCUAAGAAAGUUUUUCGUGUUAUGAUGUCGUUUCCACUGGAAUUUAGUGAAAAUUUUGGCACUAGACUAAGAAAAGUUCCAAGAUGGAUGAAUAAUGAAGAAAUUUUGAUAACAGAAAGCCUUCACGUCACAGAUGCCUCAGUUUACAACAGUGCGAAUAUAACACCAAUGCGAAGCUCGUACUACCAAGCCAUUGAUGCAAUCAUCUCAGGUCUAGGAUGGCGAUCUGAACAAGACGAUCUUUUCCAGAUCAAAUGUAUCGAGAAAUUGUUACUUAACUCUAUGAAAGAAAGAGGAGUAUCUUUAGAUGGAUUAAGCAAUUCUUUGAUUGAUAAAGAUGUUCUAAGAAUGCAGCUUGAUGAUCUUCCUACCAUUCUUGGGCUUUACAACGCGGAUCAGAAGAAAAAAAUAACAGAAGUCACGCGUAUUUCAACAAUAGCAGAGAUAUUCAGUGCCAUGCCGUCAACAAAGAAAAGGUGCUCAGAGAUCCACAAACUAAUUAUACUAUACUACACAAUGCCACUCUCAUCUGCCUCGUGCGAACGCACAUUCAGCGUAAUGCACCGUCUCAAAACAUGGCUGCGGUCAAACACUGAAGGAAAUCUUUUGAAUGAUAUUAUGUUCUCCAACAUUAAGAAGCAACACAUGGAUAUGGUGGAAAUAGACGUAAUUGCCAAAGAGUUUUCACAGAGAAAUGAAAGAAGAAUUAAAUAUUUUGGAAAAUACAAUACAUGA